AUGUUGAGGUCACUAUCUUUCCGUUUCAAGGCACCAAGACUUCUACUGCACUAUUAUCACACCCCUAGGCGUUGUUUCCAUCCUUCUUGCGUCUCCUACAAGGACGAAAAAGUACUAAAGAACUUGGCAGAUCUGUUUCAGAAGGGCGACAUCGAGCCAGUAGAUGAAAAACACAACAAGAGCAAGUCAAAAAAUGGCAAGAAUUCAAAAGAACAAGAGGGGGAACAAGAUGACGAUGAAGACUCUAGCCAGUCGUCUCUUCUACCGACAAAUCAUAUUGAGGAGUUUGAGAGUUAUUCAGUCAUGAACAAGCAACAGUUUUUGUUUCAAAUGGGAUUAGAUGGCGAUAAACCAUUCAUGUCAUUUCACAAUCCACAUUUUGUGGAUUCCAAACGGAUACUACGCAACUUGCCUGACCAAAUAGAUGUCUUGAAUCCUGAAGAUAUGAAACGCGUUAAUGAGGUUUAUGAUCAACUACAACAGCUAGAUUCAAAUCCAGCAUUGCACGAGAAAUUUCUCAAGCGGUAUUUCUACGAUUAUGAAAACGAUUUGAUGAAGUUGGGUCAAUUUAUGCGGGGAAUAAAUUCGAAAUUCAAAAUGUUGAGACGUAAUGAGAGUGAAAAAUUUAACCCAGAAAGUGUGAUUCAUGAAUACGUCAAUGACAAAAUGAAACAUCCAUAUAAUGUCGUUGGAUUUGAUCGAAGUUUUAUCGGAAUGCCCUUGCGCAAGGAACCACACUUACCCUCAAACAAGCCAGUGUUGCCACGUGAGUUUGUUCAAGACUUACCGGCAUUUGAUUCCAAAAUCACCCUCAAGAAGUUUGAUUUGAACUUUAUGGAAAGGGAUGGGUGUGUGAAUGUUGAUCCUACGUUUGUCACGCCGUUGAAGGAAUUGUAUGAUUAUGAAAAUAAAAACUAUUCCGGUGGUGGAAUCUAUUCCCCAUCCACUUCCAAAACAGCAACAGCUCAACGAGCAACACAUGCAUAUUUGACUAGUAAAUUAGGUCUCCCCAGGUUCAAUAUUCAAAUUGGAGACACUGAGGAUUACAAUCGAUUGAAGUUGAAUAACCACCAAAUUACCAAUCGCAUCGAACAAGAAAUUCGCGUAAUGAAGAAGUCUUUGUUGGAGGAAAUUAAGACGACAGUUGAAAGUUCAAAUGCCCAUUUAAUGAGCAGUGAUACCCACAAUGACUACAUCAAGUCUAACCAGUACAUUCUUUGUGCCGUAAAGGAGGAAUUGCGAGGAACAGUUUACAUUUGGAAGAGUUUCAGUAUACUUCCCGUAUAUUUCAUGCUUCCAUUGACGAAAAAACGCGAACGACAUUUGAUCAAUCAUUUAUUCAAGCUCUUUCUCAUCAAUAUCGAAGACAAGAUUGAUAUUUUGUUCAAGAUCAAAUACGAUCGAGCUAGAGAUACUCAGAAAUUUAUGAAGAAUGUGAUUAAGAAUAUUGGCCAUACUAUAAAAUUCAGAUUAUGGAGGUAUUUCAAAACCACAAAGAACUCACUCAAUGCAUCCUCGGCAGCGGCAACUAUAUCUUCAUCGAUCCAACUACCUUUGUUAAAGACAAAUUUCAAGCAUAAACAAGCUGUGGUUUAUUCACCGUAUAAGAAGUCGCCAUUUAAGCGGAUUUAUUGGGUGCUGAGGAAGCCAAGGGGUAUUGCUGCUGCUUCCCGUCAACAUCGUCAGCAAUUGCGCAAGUCAUCGUCUAGUGUGGAUUAUGCUGUUAUCGGGGAAGACUUGCUAGAGUAA